ACAGAUGGUAUAUGGAAUGAAAAAGGAGAGAAAAGAAACGUUGAGAAAAGCAAACCCAGUAGUAGUGGAGUAGUCGGAGGGGUUUUCAUACUUGAACGACGUCGUUCAUUGAGGUUUUCUCUUUGCCGAUCGAAGGUCGAAGAUGUCGCAGCAAAUGCAAAGCAGCAACAACAUGGGAAUCGCAGUGAGCGAGGUGUUUUGGACCCUCGUUGAUAAAGCGGACAAAAAAUUCUCCAAAAUCAGAGACUUACCUUUUUACCAGCGUAGCAGGCAUGAUACAUACUUUUUCAAGGUGUUCAAGGUGUACACACAGUUAUGGAAGUUUCAACAGGAGAAUCGGCAGAAGCUGGUUGAAGCUGGGCUUAGGAGAUGGGAGAUUGGUGAGAUUGCAUCUCGCAUUGGGCAGCUGUAUUUUGGGCAGUACAUGCGCACAAGUGACGCAAAUUAUCUAUCAGAGUCAUAUAUAUUCUAUGAAGCCAUAUUGACUCGGGAGUAUUUUAAGGAGGGGUUGUUUCAGGAUGUGAAUAUUGCAAACAAACAAUUGAGGUUUCUUGCUAGAUUCAUAAUGGUGUGUUUGGUUUUGAACCGAAGGGAAAUGGUGCAGCAAUUGGUUAAUCAACUUAAAGUAUUAGUUGAAGAAUGCAAGAGAACAUUUCAGGAAAGUGACUUUAAAGAAUGGAAGCUGGUGGUUCAGGAAAUAGUCAGAUUUUUAAAAGCUGACUCUGCUUUUGUGAAUAUCCGGCCCUUGAGAUAUAGUCUAGUUUUGGACCCUCAUCCUGAUACUUUACCACAUGUUGCUGCAGCCAUCACAAAGCGACAUUUGAAAUUACGAGAUGCUGUAUUAACUAGUUUCCAUCCAAAUGAGGUAAAGUUUUCAGAGCUCACUAUUGACACUUUUAGGAUACUUCAAUGUCUGGAGUGGGAACCUAGUGGCUCAUUUUACCAACCUAGUGGUUCAAAACUUAGUCAGAAUGGGGCAACUGGAACUAGUCGUAUCAGUUACAUCCAAGAUAUUGCUGAUCCUACCUUACCAGCAAACCCAAGGAAAGCUGUGUUGUACCGCCCUUCACUGACACACUUAAUAGCUGUUCUUGCCACAAUAUGUGAGGAGCUUCCUUCUGAUGGUAUUCUGCUUGUAUAUUUGUCUGCUUCAGGGUCUUUUGGUGCUGCACAGAAUGAAUCUGGCUGCAUACACUUUGGUCUUCAUGGAGAUAGAGGAUCAAACUGCAUAUAUCCGUCUGACUUUCUACCAUUUACUAGAAGACCACUUCUUUUAGUAAUUGAUAACGACAGUAGCAAAGCUUUUAAGGUCAUAGCAGGAGCAGAAAAGGGAGAGUCAGUUGCUAUGCUCCUUUCUCCAAGCUGUUCACCUGCUGUGUCUGAUUGCUCACACAAUUCAAAUGGGAGUCUAUUCACCAUGUUCCUUACAACUCCCCUGCAAGCUUUCUGUCUGCUGCUAGGACUUUCAGGCAAUGAUAUUGAUAUGGACACAUACAACAAAGCUGAAAUGUUGCUCUCGUCUUCAUUAAAUAACUGGGGGCUAGCAUUGGCAACUUCAGACACACUUGAUCCUGUUUGGGGACAGAUAUUAGGUGAUCCCUUCAUAAGGAGACUUCUUUUGAGAUUCAUAUUCUGCCGGGCAGUGUUGACCUUGUAUGCACCAGUUUACAAUAAAAGUGAAUUUCUUCCAACAUGUGUUCCUUCUCUUCCAAUGUCUGUCCUGCCCCCAAGUUCCUCAUAUCAGAGUGUAAUUCUGAGUCUAGCCACAAUUUUUGGUGCAACUAAGCACUUCAUCUUCUCAGAGGACAUUCUUCCUGAAAAUAUACAAACCAACGUGAAUCAGUUGUGAACUCUAUGAAGUUUAACUAGAGCUUUGCUUCAGAAGCACAAUGUACACAGCUUGUUUGUAUAGCAAUCAAAAAAUGAAUUUUAUCAAAAUUACUAUUUGUUCUUGGUGGGUUUCCUCGAAUUUAAAUUCAGCCUUUGGUGUGAACAUGGUUUUUUAUUAUUAAACUAGUUUUUUUUUAUCUUAUUUUUGUGCCUUUGACAACUAAUAUGUAUUGAAAUUCAACAUGUUCUUUACAUGACAAGUGGCAUUCCUGUGAACAAGAAUGGAAUAUAACAAUGCGAAGGAAGUUGU